UAUUACGGCUGGUUGUCAGAGGCUUACUCCUCUUGCUCCUCAAAGGAACUCUUGUUCGCGCUGAGCGGUUUUCCUGGCGAUAUAUUUGUUGAAGACAAGGGGACCUUUACAAUUGCAAAGGGAACCGCACUGAACCACCCUUUCGAGGAAGCCGUACUCAACAAGUUGUGCAUGCUUGGGUACUACUGCAAAUAUUUAAAGAACUUCAUUCGGCAAGCCCAGGACAAACGAGGUUUCUAUUUGGAUUCCCUGUGUACCGGUCUUAAGGAAGUCCUUGGAGAAUACUUAAAUACAGUGGCAACAUUAGAACAAGAAUUUGACGAGCAGGUGUCCUUGCUAUACGUGCAGCAUAGGCUAGAAAAGUACCACACCCUGUUCCUGCCUCUCAAGACGCUAGUGGACGACGUCACGGAAAACAAGGUGCAUGGCUGCAAUAUAUUUGGUCUGGUGAGCAAGUAUGCUGUCACUGGGACACCCAUUCUGAAAGAAGCCCUUGACAGGGUACUGUUCUACGUUCAGCGUGCUCUGGUACGCCAAUCCACCUGCUGGAUGAUGCGAGGCAACCUAUUUGACCCUUUCGAUGAGUUCUUUAUUCAGAGGGAAACCCCCAACAAGGAAGGAGACUCGAAGGAUGCUCGUGAUUCGAUAGACAGUUACAGCCUCAAGGUGGAGCUACUUCCAAGUUGCGUUCCGGUUUCUCUGGCAAAGAAGAUACUUUUUACCGGGUCCGCUGUCAGGGUCUUUGCACAAGACAAUCCUUCAGGGCAGACGAUUUACGAGGACGCGGAAGAACUCUCCAGUCGUUGCUCAGAAAUGGAAACCAAGCGAGACUUGACCCUCCAGGAAUUUGAAGACUUUGUGGAAGGGGUUCGCUCCCAAGCAGCCACGUACCUCUGGCGUAUCUUUGUUGAGGAAGGUAGCUUGGUCUCUCACCUACAACUGAUGCGCAACGCUUUCCUUCUGGGUCACGGAGACCUGUUCCAGCACUUUAUCCGAGCGGCUGAUCCUCUCCUGCACAAGCGACCCCAUGCAGAUACAGAAUAUGAAGUGAACGAGCUAUUCCAGUUACACUGCGCUAUGCUCCACCUUGAAGAGGACGCUGACAAGUUGGCUCUUACAAUCCGUUUGCCUCAGACUGACAGUGAGACUGCGUGUGGUUGGGAUUGCCUGGGCCUCUCCUACUCUGUGGCCUACCCUCUGCACGUCAUCUUUACACCUGGAAUUCUGACAAAGUACGCACACCUGUUCCGAUUCCUGCUGGACGUCCGACGCACGCAGGAUGUGCUACUGCGGUGUUGGCUGCAGCAGACAAAGAACAAGGUUUCAUGCGAUGAGGAGAGCAUGCAGCUGGCUCACAUGAGCCUGCACAUGAGCUCCCUGGUGGAAAGCCUGCAGUAUUACCUGCAGGUAGAUGUUGUGGAAAGCCAGUUUGCAGCACUAGUGCAGCGAGUUCAGACGACCAGAGACUUUGAGGCCAUCCAGCAGGCUCAUAGCUGCUUCUUGGGAACACUUCUAGCCCAGACGUUUAUCCUGCUAAAGCCGUUGCACGAACAUAUACGGGAAGUUCUUCGAUUGUGCCGCUCCUUCGCUGACUUGUUCCUCUUAAGGGAAGACUUCAAAAAAUUGCAAGGUGUCAUGAAGGCGCUACCAGAAAAUGGAGAACAUACAAGCCUAGCCAAGGACAGCAGCUCUUUGCUAUGGAAACGCCCAUUUUCAGGGGAGGAGUGGGACCGCAGCCUUCAGGCUUUUGCCUGUUCACAGAAGCUACAAAGUAGGAACUUUGAGACUGAACGCUACUUGCUGCUCCGCAUCUUGUCAACAUUGGCAAACAGGCACUCCGAGAUGCACAUCUCACAACUUCUGCUUCGGCUCGACUACAGCAACUUUCUUUCUUCAGCACAGGCGAAGCAAUGAGCCGUCAGGAACGACCAGGCAGGUUAAAUCCAAAGAGUCUCCUGAAGAUGGAGGCACUGUUGUCUCCUCCUUCUGUUGGAGGAUGCACUUGCAGCUGCUGGCCAGGUGACUGCCACAUCUUGUCAAACUCUGUCUUGCCAGCUGUGGUACAUCCAGACGUUGCUUGUAAGUUGCCACCAAGCACUGCACCAACUUAAAAAGAGCAAAAGUGCCUACCUUCGUCCAUAUUUACGAGCUGCUCCUCGGUGUGCUGUGCCCCGGUGGCGUCGGUUCGCGUCGUGAGCGUGUGCGAGCGGUCCCCGAUGGCGCGACGAACUGUGACCUCUCUGUUACCCAUUGCAUCCGUCACUACCUUCCUUUCUUCAAUUCUCUGCACAAUUGCAAUGCAUAUAUAUAACACCAAUGUAGAAGGACUCCACGGCAGAAAAUGCGUUACUGCGAACGUGUCAGGCCUCCGCAACCACAGAUUCUAACACAGCUGAGGACACCAGUGCACUGAAGGUGAACAAAAGCAAUACACAGGCCAGCCCCCUGUACUGUCACUCGUGAUGAGUCAUGUGAAGUUAAGCUGUAUCUACUCAACCCAUUAAACUAUAGCUUUUGCUAUAAACCGUACAGCAUAAAACCUGCAUAGUGUCAUAGUAAUUGGGUCAUUAUAUUCUAAAAGUUUGUCCCUUGUCAAAUGCUGGAAUAAAUAUUACAUAGAUUUGUGUUGUUAGUAAGCAAAGCGGGGUUUCAUGUUGCUCAUUGGCAUCCUCAGGGACAUGUUAUUCCCAGUAAUAAAAUGUUCUUUUGGAUGUUUAAUUAGUGUAUGUAUUAUGCCUUUAUCCAGUAUUGCUGCUUGCAGUCAAUUGGCCUACAGUGUACCCUCUUCAAUAUGACCACCGCCGUUCCCCUGGAUUUGGUCAAAACGCAAAUUGUCAUACUCUCGAGAAACGCCCCUUCCGGACAGACCGCUACGCUGCACAAAAGCCUACAUAGAUACGACGAUUUAUUUUCCGAAAAAGUCUGCUACCGAUGUCUACUUUGAGCAAUUAUAACUGUUCAUGUCUUCUACAUGGACUACAGCACCAUCAAAUGCACACUUGUUAUAAAUGUCUUUCUGUAGCUUAACAAAUAACUGUGCAGCCUAUUGUGAUUCGCUUGCCUCCUUCGCAGUGUCAAGGGGGUCCCACUCAACUCAGCUUCAAGCACCCCAUCAGCAGCAUUAGAGGGCAACCCAAUAUGUUACUCUCUGAAAGCACUGUG